CAAAUAAAAUACGCUUUUAUGACAAAAAAUUAAAAGAGAAGCGUCGCUAUUACCUGGCUAGCCGGCUAUUUAGCCUGCUGCCAGGAGCGAAUUGCCAAUGGGUCUGUUCUAAUAUCCUGUGGAAAGUGCACAGGGCGAGCGCCAUGGACAGUGGUGAGGAUGCAGCUCAAAGGCCUUCGACUCUAGAUAUAGCCGGAUUAGAGAGAGACAAAUCUUUAGUCCUUGCACCUUCAGACGACACUGCGAUGACCAGCCUUGCCAGCAUGACAGAUACCCUCUUCCAAGAGGAGAGCAUUGACCUGGAUGUAGAAGCGUUCCUUUCCCCGCAGGAUGACAGCGCUGCGUCUGGGAGCGUCACAGAUAAGCUGAAUGAUCAGAUGUUGGAGAGCGUCAUGAUCUCCGAUUCGCCCAACAGCGAGGAGGAAGAUGUCCCGAUUGACACUCUGUUGGAGCAAAAAGAUGACAAGGAGUCCCUUGACUCCAAAGAGCCUGAGGAAGGCAAAGUGUUUGAAGCCAAAGAGGACGAGACAGAGGCUGGAAUUGAACAAGCCUCUCCUGAUGAUGCUGUGGAAUCAGAAGCAUCUCUAACUUUAGUUGAAAAAGAGAAAACGGAGGACAGUGAUAUGGACAGUGUUAAGGAGGUGGUUACAGACCCAGCACCUGCUCUAAGCAGCCCCAAAGCUGAGGAAACCGAGCUUGAAGUAGCCAAGCAUGUGAUUAAGGAAGAGCCCAUUCCCGUGUGCACUAUAUUCAGCCAAGGCAUGCAGAACAAAGCACAAUCCCUGGUACCUGACGGGUUUCAGCCGACUUUGGUGAAAUCGCCAAGCUUUACAACUGGCCAUAAUGAAACUCCCAAUAAACUAGCACCUCUGGUGUCUCAGCCCAGCCCCAGCCUCAGUAAAUUCUUCACCGAUAACGGCACAGUUAAUCCUGCCUCAGAUUUCUUCGACUCCUUCACGACGUCCUCAUCGUUCAUUUCGGUUAGCAACCCGAACGCAGAGACGGCAAAGUCCCCAGCCCCUCCUGAGCGCCAGCUUUCCUCAGGCUCAAGCAGCCUUCUACCGGACGGAGGCACUUUCUUCAGUCCUGCUCUUAACGUGAGCACACCGAGGCCUGUCCAGGGCCCUGCAGAUCCUGUUGUGACCAUUUCUAAGUUUCAGGCGGUGUUCUCAGGCAGCGAUGAUCCGUUUGCAAGCGCUCUGAGAAUGAGCGAAGUGGAUAAACGAUAUGACGCCUGGCUUCCCUCUGAGGAGACCAGGAGAGUGCUGAUCUCUGUGGCCACUCAGCAGGUCAACCCGGUGCACGUAGAUAGGGAGAGGCUGUCUAUGCCUGGACUCAAGUUUGACAAUUUGCAGGGUGAUGCAGUGAAGGACCUGAUGCUGCGUUUCCUUGGAGACCAGGCAGCGGCGAAGAGGCAAGUUCUCAACGCUAACUCGGUGGAGCAGAACUUCUUUGGUCUAAAGCAGCUGAUUGGCACAAAGAACUGGCGGGCAGCCGUCGACUUAACUGGCAGACUACUGACUGCUCACGGCCAAGGCUACGGCAAGAGCGGCCAGCCGAGCACAAACACCACCGACACGCUGCAGUUAUGGUUUGUACGUCUGGCUCUGUUGGUUAAGCUCAACCUCUUCCAAAAUGCAGAGCUGGAGUUCGAGCCGUUCGGUCACUUGGAUCAGCCGGACCUGUACUAUGAGUACUAUCCCACAGCGUACCCUGGAAGACGAGGUUCGAUGGUGCCGUUCUCAAUGCGUGUGCUGCAUGCUGAACUGCCUCAGUACUUAAACAAGCCCCAGGAGUCUCUGGACCGCCUGCACAGCAUGAAAAGCAUCUGUCAGAAAAUCCUGGAUAACCUGGAGGAAGGACUGGCUGAGGACGGGAGCAUGAUGACUCUAACACAGGAAAACAGACAAGCCUCUAUUCAGCUGUGGAGGUCACGUCUGUGCCGGGUGAUGUACUCCAUGGCAAACUGUCUGCUAAUGAUGAAGGACUACGUGCUGGCUGUUGAGACGUAUCACUCGAUCAUCCAGUAUGAGCCGCAGCAGACAGUGCAACUGUUGAGUGGAAUUGGACGCAUCUUCCUACAGAUUGGAGACAUUAAAACCGCCGAGAAGUAUUUCCAGGAAGUUGAGCAAGCCGCACAGGAAAAAGGAAAAGGACCAGUUCAUGACAUGGCGGUUUUAAUGAACAGGGCAUUUGUUCACCUGAGCCAGAAUAAUUAUGCAGACGCCCACACGUGUUUCUCCGACGUCUUGAAAAUCGAUCCCAACAAUCCAGUGGCGAACAACAACGCAGCAGUGUGCUUACUUUAUCUGGGUCGCUUAAAGGAAUCACUGGGUCAGCUAGAGAGCCUGGUGCAGCAGGACCCUGCAUUCUACCUACACGAGAGCGUGCUCUUCAACCUGACUACUAUGUACGAACUGGAAUCAUCACGCAGCACGCAAAAGAAGCAGGCGCUGCUGGAGGCCGUGGCCAGGCGCGAAGGAGACAGCUUCAACACACAGUGCCUCAAACUGGUGUAACCCAGAAAUGAGCAGAAGUGCAUUAGCUCACCGUGUCGCCACUUCACGAUGUGACAUGAGCUCCUUUAACAAGCUUGAGCUAAAAAUGCCACUGGUCAGUUUUAUCUUUUUUUUUUCGAAGGCUUUAAAAUGUUAUGUUUGACCAAAUCAGAGCUGAUCUGAAAUGACCUGUGUGUUCAAACAAGGUAUGUGAUGCAUUUGAAACACUUUGCAUUGUUCCUAAGCUAUAAGGUUACAGAGGGUGUAAAUAGAGGGAGAAUUUCAAAUCAAUAGUAAAAGAACAUUAAUGUAAAUAUUUCGCAAAGGCGACUGAAAUGCGACCUGAAUGAGGAUAAAGCAUUACACCAAUUACAGUCUGGACUUGGUUCUUCUAUAAAAAUAAAAAUACACUGUCAGUAACAUGGAUUUGGCAAAUUGCAUAACUAAUGGUUGCCACCCCCCAACACACACACACACACACACACACACUAUAUUCACUAAUCAAGCUCAACUACUCACUGACUUUCACCAAAACAAGUUUCCAUUUAUGAAAAUAAUGCUUUACUGUGUUUUUCACUCCAGUGCUUUAACUAUAGGACAGGCUACUCAUCUCGCCAUCUGCCGCACUGAACACAUCGACUGAGGCGUAUGAUUCCGAAAGAAAAGAACGUAGAGUUUGUGGAAAUAUUGACAAAAAGGGGACAAAAAUAAAUUCCAACAUAAAGCUAUUAGACUCCCUGGCAGGACAACAGUCAUUUUGCAGUUAAACCUAUUGGGGGAAAUUAAAGACACUAGCAAAACAAGAACAAUAUAUUUUAUGAACACAAUAACUCAUGAACUUGCUGAGUAGUGUGUUUUUUUUUUUUUUUUUUUUUGCCCCAUUUUCUCCCUAAUUCCCUUUUCCCAAUUCCCAACCUACAGCUGGCUCUCCUUUAUUAUAUUACAGCUAAUAGCUGGGAUGGGUGAAGGCUAACAUGUUUUUCCUCUGAGACACAGGAAGCCGGCCGUCUGCAUAUUUUCAAACAGGGCAGUAUAACACACUCCUGGAAAAUGUGCUAUCUUCCUUUUUCCACCUACAUUAGUCACUGUGAUUGACAGGACAGAGAAAUUACAUCCCUGAGUCCAGGGCCAUGCCUAUCCUUUUUGGCUUAUGGUCACACACACACACACACACACCCUCCCCUCAUGGGUCUGCUCUCCCACCACAAUGCCCCACCACCACAAAAUACAAAUAAUUUGUACCCACCUAUAAAGAAGGUUAAACACGUUUAAUAAUCAUUGCUAAAUUUCCUGAAUUCCAGUGUGUAAACUUAUACUCUAUAUAAAACUUAAGCAGGAAAAAACAAGUAAAUAAUUUAAAUGGGUGAGGGUGGGGCAGGGGGCACUCAGUGGCACCCUCCGAGCUGAUUGUGCCCUAGGUGACUGCCUUGUUUGCCUAUGCCUAGAAACUGUGCUUCCUGAAUACCUCCAACCCUGAUAUCAUGGCUAAAUUUCCCUCUUGGCUUUAAAAACUUGCAACCUCCAGAUAACAGGACGGACACUUUUUUGAUGCACCAGCACAACUUUAGAUUUUUUAUUUAUUUUUUUUUGUCCAGGUGGAAAACAAAAGAUGUUUCGUUAAAUAGAUUUAGCAACAUGAAGCCGUUCUCUUCCUGGGAAUUCAUAUUCUCUAUUCACCCCCUUCUUAAAUUGCCAUGUCAUUACUUUAACUUGGCUGCUAUGUUCAGACCAUUCAGUUAGCAUUCAGGCAUCUAAGGCAUGGGAUAAGAACAGUUCUGUAUUUACUGAGUUCAUAUUAGGAGAAUCUUUGUGCCGUUGUUCUUCUGAAAAAGCUUUUUUUUUUAUUGCAACCAGUCUGUGCACUGCUCACAUACGAGGUGGUAUCAACGUUUUGAGACUUUUGUAAGACGCCAACAGAUGGCACCACAAGGCUGCAUGUACAGUCACAGGGAGCACAGACAUUCAUGGUCAGUGACCCUUAAGUGUGAGUUUCUUGUGGAAACACAUGGUCUCACUUGUGCACCCACCGUACUCGCCAGACUUGGCUCCUGCGUACUUCGCCCUCUUCUUGAAGAUGAAGAUCCUGCUUAAAGGUCACCGUUUUUACACAAUUGCGGAGAUCCAGCGGGAAUAGCAGAAGGUGCUUGACUCUAAUAAACAGACUUCCAGGCCAUAUUCCAGAAGUGGCAGGAACGCAGAGGUGAAGGUGUGUAAAUGUAGAUGAAUAAAGUGCUUUCUUUUAACAUAGCUAAUCUCAAAACUGUGAUACAACCUCGUAUAAUACAGUAUAUGGACAACAGUUUACACAUCCCAUUCCAUAUUUAGUUCCAAUAUGAUGUUAUAUUAAUGUCCAAUCUUCUGGGAAGUUGAGCUACUAGAUUUUGGAGUGUGCUUUUAACCACAAGGGGGCCUGGGUUGCAGACAGCGUUCCAAUUUAUCCCACAGGUGCUCAAUAGGGUUGUAGGGUUGGAUUUGUGUACAGGGACACUGUCAUGCAGACCCAAGUUUGGGUCUCCUAUUUUAUUUAAAGGGAAUAUUUAGUGCUACCACAACGAAAGAUCAUAUACAUAUGUGUGCCUCUAAGUUUGUGCUGACAGUUUGGAGGGAGAACCACACAUGGCUGAAAAAGUCAGGUGUCCCAAUGCUUUUGUCCAUAUAGUGUACAUAAAAGUGAAUGUGUUUGUGCUGUGUUUCACAUCACUGUAUAUUUGUUUUGCAAAUUGAAAUAAACCCAAGGUGAUUUUGAA